AUGGCUGGAUUUAGCAAGUUCAACUUGUUGCUUAUAACAGGUAUCAUCGGGUACCUUACUUACACACUAACAUACAUUUGUCCUAUCAAUGAUGUCAAUUCAUUUCAAGCAUCAUCAACAACCACAAGAUUAACCCCAUUACUCCAUCAUACUUGUGAAUUUAGUCAUCAAUAUUUGAAACCGGUGUUUCACUCCACAAUCUUACCAAAUUAUCAACAAUAUAUUGAACCAAGUUUACAUCAACUUGAUGAAUCAUUCAAUGUUCAACAGAAUUUUGACAAGGUUAAGGUUUCAGUGGAAGAAUUGAGUACCAAGUUAGAAUUACAAGAAAAGUUCCAAGUUGUAGCUGAUAAAUCUCAAGUGGUUAUCAGUGCCGUUGAUUCUUAUGUUUCAACUGUAAUCUAUCCUCAACUUAUUCUUACCCUUGAAGUCAGUUCUCAACAUUUGAAACUUUAUUAUCAAUUAUUAUCAGUUCAAGUUCACAAUCUUAUUUCAGUUAUUCAUGUCUACAUUGUUGAUUCUGGUGUUUUAGAAUAUGUUGAUAAUGGAUUAACUCAAUUAAAAUCAAUUAAAUUCAUUGCUGAUUUAACUCAAUCUUAUAAUAAUUUUGUUCAAACUUUAAUCAAUACUAAAUCAUCAUUUAAAUUUCAUGAAAAAUCUGAAUUCAUCAAACAAGAAUUUAAAAAUUUAGUUAAAUUCAAUGAAACUAGAAACAAGAUUAAAUCUUCAACUAAAUUUAAACAAACCAAGAAAAAUAUCGUUGAAUUGGUUAAAGAUAUUUUAAGCAAAGUUUCUAAAGAAAAGAAACUCCCAAUUGACAAAGAUGUACCAGAAGAAAAGAAAGAAGUUAUUGUUGAUGAUGUUGUUGAAGAAGUUUCUGAUUAUUCUGACGAAGAACCUGAAACUGUUCUUUUAACUUCAACUGUUACUGUUACUAAUGAAGAAUCAUCAACCGGGGAACCAUCAGUUAAUAAAGAAAUUGAACAUAUCAAUCAAGAAUUAGAACGUUGGGAAGCAAAAGUUAACAAGACUUUACAAUUAGCCACACAUAAUCUUGAAGUUGAAACUGAACCAUUUGUUAAUGAAACCAUUGAAACCAUCAAAGUAUUGAUUACUGAUGUUUUCACUCAAUUACAUAAAGAUUCUCAUAGUAAUUAUAAACUCUUACAUCAAAAAAUUAUCAAUAUCAAUAGAGAUUAUGAACAUAUCAAACUGACCCAUGAUACUGAUUUUCAAACUGUCACUAGACAAGAAAUCAGAGACGAUAUUAAAAAAGGUCAUGAAAUCUUUGAAGAAGGUAUGGCUGAAAUCCAAAAGAUUUUAAUUGAUAAUCAUGAACUUGUGAUCAUUGAAUAUUAUAAAGUCAUUCAAGAUACCAUUGAUAUUUUAGAAUCAUUUUCCGAAUCAACUUUUAAAGAAUUUUCUAAUAAUUUAUCAACUUUGAUUGAAUCAUUAGAAGAAAGUGAUAGUGAUGUUACCUGGAAAUUCUGGAAGAAAUUUCAUAAAAUAAAGGAAGAAGUAUUUGAAUUCAGAGAUCUUAUCUAUGAUGGCGCUGAACAAUUUAAUUAUAACAAUGGAAAUGUAACCACUGAAUUUGAUGAUGUUAUUGGAUUAAAGGUGUGGAAUGAAUUCGUCAAGAAUAUCGAAUUCCAUAUGAAUUACGUUAACAGAGAUAAUGAUGAUUAUCUUAAAGUAAUAAGAGCUCAAGCGAAUGUUGCUUUCCAAGCUAGAGAAGAGAUUGUACGUGAAUUACUUGCAGCAAAGGCUGCCGCUGAAAAGCCAAUUGAACGUAUUGAAGAAUCUCACGAACAUGUUGAAGCUGUACCUGAAGAAAAAGUGCCUGUUGAAAAAAGUGAAGAAUCUGCUUCUGAAGUUCCAGUACAGGAUGCGGAACCUGUUGUCGAAGAAGAAAUAAAGGAUGACGAAGAAAAAGUUAAUGAAGAAGUGGUAGAAGAAGCAGUGCCAGAGGAAGAAGCUCAAGAAAAAGAAGUAGAAGAAGAAGUUCCAGAAGCAGUUGAGGAAAAGGAAGAAGAAGUUCCAGUAGAAACUGAACAAAAGGAAGAAGAAGUUGUAGUAGAAGCUGAAGAAAAGGAAGAAGAAGUUCCAGAAGCAGCUGAAGAGGAAGUGGAGGAAGAAGUUCCAGAAGAAGUCGAAGAGAAGAAACUGGAAGACGUAAAGGAAGAAGAAGCUGAAGAAAUACCUGCUGAAAAAGUCGAAGAAGAAACCGAACAACCAAUCGAAGUUCCAGAAGAAGAUAUUCCUGAGCAACCUCAACCAGAAGGAGAGGGACUGUCAGAGGAAACUGACGGUGAAUCAGUUUUUGAAUCAGAAAAUUCAGAUUAA